AUGCUUCUUCAGUCAAUCCGACGAACUUUUGUCCGCCUAAUACAUUCUAGAUGGUUUCCCACACCUGCUUCAAGCAACACUGAGCCAUUACACCUCUUUUAUUCUCGUAACUUCCGGCAAUUCAAAACACCGUCUAGAUGGUUUAGACAAGAUUCCAAGCCAUCACCAUCAAAGGUUGAUGAAGAAAUGGACCCACGCCGGCCUCCCAAAAGAAUGCCCAUGGCCCCUUUCAUAGCUUUUUCAGCAGGUCUCUCAAUAGCCAUUGCGUACUACCUCUACAAAGUCUCUAAACCCGUUGAAGUGUCGUGGCGGGUCUUUGAAGAAUUUCUCUCUCGUGGUGAGGUUCGCAGCAUUCAAGUCUCACAGACUCGUGGAAGAGCGCUUGUUCUCCUUCAGUCUGCACAAUUUGUAGAUGGGAAUGCUGUCUUUAUAGUUUGUGUUCCUCUUCAAAACGAAACAGCUCUUGAUUUUGAACGUCGUGUGCGUUUAUUCGAGGCAAAAAUUGGUAUUCCUCAGUCCGAUCAAAUACCUCUUACUGUUGCCCACGAAAUGAACACCAAUGGCUUCUUAAUUACGGUUAUACUCUCCUCAGCCGUUGCUGCCACUGCUGCAUUGCUAUGGAUACGCAAAAACGCUCCCCAUGACCUACCACCAAAAGAGGCAAUUAUGGUGGCUCUGCGGAAGCUCUUCUACCAGAAGAGCGACGUUGGGGGGCGCACGAUGAAAAAAAAGCAGAGACAACCACCGUUACCUAGACAUUCCAAGGAUGAGCCGAGCGUCGGUGGCAGUUAUACUGGGGGCUUUGGUAGUGGAAUGCCGUUCCUUGAUGCAUUUCCCGGCAUGGGAGAGCCUGAACCCAUCACCACCAAUAUCACUUUUGAUGAUGUGGCGGGCAUGCAUGCAGCAAAGGAGGAGGUGAUGGAAUUUGUCUCUUAUCUCAAAAACCCCACUAAGUACCAGGACCUUGGUGCAAAGUUACCCAAAGGUGCGCUUCUGCUGGGUCCUCCGGGGACGGGCAAGACUCUUCUUGUCAAGGCCCUUGCUCACGAGUCCGGCGUGCCUUUCUACUCCAUGGCUGGCUCGGAGUUCAUCGAGAUCAUUGGUGGUCUUGGCGCCUCACGAAUCCGCAAACUCUUCAACGCUGCCCGACAGAGAUCUCCCUCCAUUAUCUUCAUUGACGAGAUCGAUUCCGUUGGACGUAAACGUUCUGCUUCGGCGCCAGGUGGUGGUGGUGGCGGAGUAGCAGAAAUGGAGCAGACCUUGAAUCAGUUGUUGGUGGAGAUGGACGGGAUGGACACCACGGAGGGAACCAUCGUCUUUGCGGCAACGAACCGCGCUGAUCUGCUGGAUAAGGCUCUGCUACGGGCCGGCCGAUUUGAUCGCCACAUCUUCAUCGAUCUACCCAAUAUAGCUGAACGUAGGGAACUUCUGGACAUGUAUCUCGGCAAGUACAAACUGGCCACCAGCAUCGACGUGCCGGCGUUGCGCGACCACCUGGCCACAUGGACAUCCGGCAUGUCCGGUGCGGACAUUGCGCGACUCUGCAACGAAGCCGCCCUCAUCACGGCCAGAGGUGUCCAUGCUGAAGAGGGCAUCCAAGUUGCAGAUUUCGACAGCGCUCUGGAGCGUGCAGCAAAGCGCUCGAGUCCGCUCUCGCAGCCUGAGCGUCGAGUGGCGGCGGUACAAGAGGCGGGACGGGCACUAAUAGCUUCAUUACUACCCUCAACGGGACUAAAGCCGUUCCGCGUUUCCAUCGUGCCUCGCGCCUCCACUGGCGACUCCGGCAUUUCCGGUAGCCUUGGCUUCACCCAAUUUGUCCCCGAAGAGCGCCUCCUUCUCUCCCGUGACGACAUCGCCGACCGGCUCACCGUUCUCCUCGCCGGUAGGGCUGCAGAGGAGUUCGUCUUUAAGGCCUCCUCUGAUGCCUCACAGCAGUAUCUCAAGAAGGCUACCGACUUAGCCUACAAGGAAGUGCGAGAUUGGGGGAUGUCCAAGGCUGUGGGCAACCUUAGUUUUGGCGAUCACUCGCAGAAUCCCUUCUCGAUGGAGCCUUACAGUAAGCGGACCGCGGCAAUGAUUGAUUGUGAGGUGCAGCGCCUCGUGGCGGAGGCAUUCCAGUGCGCCAUGACACUGAUUAAGCAGAACGAGUUGAAACUGCGUCGCAUUGUUGAUGAACUUCUUGAGAAGGAAGUCCUUUCGGCAGACGAAUUAAAGGCCAUCAUCGCCUCAGACUCAGGUGUCUCCUGCUCCAACAUUUCCACGUCCUGA